AUGCAGCUGAAUGUCGGUACUGAUGGGGCGUCGAAAAAGUGUGCAGCGGGAAUAUUAAAUCAUUGUGUUGAUAUCGAUCAAUUAGUCUUGAAAAGAGAGAAAUGCGUAGCUGGUUUCAGUGAUAUAUGUUUACAGUCGGCGCAGCGGCCUUCGGAAGUAGCGCAGAUCUUCCGGAAGAAUCAUACUGGCCCAAUCUUUGAUCCGGGCGGGGAAGAUCGGGAUAACGCUAGUUCGAGCUGCAACUGUGGACUGGGAGUGCAACGCGACACGGGACGGCUUCGUUGGUGUCCGGGAAGCAGGUGGAGUCGUUUGUUAUUCGUGAUUCCUGCCGCUUUGCUGCCAUUGCUGGGCUUGUUUGUACUCUUAUCUAGUUUGGGUGCGGUGGGGGCGGGCGACAGUUUACUAACCAGGAGAGGAUCAGGCGCUCCCAUGCAACGCCGAGAUAGCUGCACCGCGGUUCGAUACGGUCUUCCUGAACACUUGGAGGCGGAGGAACGAGAAGUAUUAAGUGAUCUACGAACUUCAUUUAUACCGCCGGAGUCAGUUGUCCCGCCGAAUUGUGUGGUCGGCAGGUCAAUUAGAUCGAAAAGGCUAUCUUGCACCGAAGGAAAAUGCGAUUUAUCUUCGCGUCGCACAAGGUUUAUUGGAAAUCUAUCCACUGAUAUCACAAUUUGGGCUAAUACUUCAUACGGUGAUAAUCCGAUAUUAAAAUUGCAUAAAGUCAGUAACUUUACAUUGGAAAAUGAUGAACCUUUAGCAUCUGAUGGAAAUCCUAAAUAUAAUACUGAACACAAACUGGAAAAAAGAGAUGAUUAUGCACAAGAUAUUGAAAGUUCCGGAGAUGUUGAAUUUGACGUGCACUCGCCAAACAAAUCAGGUGUUGCUGAAAUUCAGUUACCUUGGAAAAUCACAUCUCUUGGAAAGGAUGCUCGGCCUAUAACUGACGAUGAUUUUAAACAAAGUCAACAAUUUGAACUAGAGAAUGCUGAGCUACUCGAAUCUCCACCAGCACUUGCUCCACAUGCAGUUUGGCGUGGACAAGGUUCUCCAGAAUAUAUAAGAAGCGCUCAAGCCGAAGCCAUGAAACGAUACAUGGAUCCCACCGCUGAUCCAUGCAUAGAUUUUUAUCAACAUGCAUGUGGAAACUGGGAGCGCUAUAAUCCUAUACCGCCUGACAAAGCGGGAUAUGAUACAUUUGAGAUGCUUCGCGAAAGCCUUGACCAAGUUCUUAGAGAACUUCUAGUUGAAGUGCCCAAAACGACUACUAAAUUUACAAAUUACGAUUCAGUAAAAAGCUCUGACAGUAACCCUGAUAUGCAAGUACGCCAUUUACGCCACGUACGACGUAAUUAUCAACAAAAUCCAUUUCAAAAGCAUAGACAUCACAAACAUCAUCAACGAAAACCAAACAUAACUAAAGAAAGAAAAGAAGGAAAUGAUGAAGAUUCGGAUAUAUACAAUGAUUCCAAGCUAGAAAGCAAAGAUAGAUCAAUAAUUGAUUUACUACGCAGAUUUCGGGGACAAGAUUUCAAACGAGGUACUCGAUCAGAUCACAAAAGUCGAGGAGGAUUAUUCAAUUUACGUCAAGUUUUAUUGAUUAGACGAAUACGUUCGAUGCUGGGUGCAAGAAAGCAACACAAGCGCCAGAACUUAAAAAGGAAUGAAGAUAAAUCAUUUUUAACUGAAACCGAGUCUGAAUUCAUCAGCUCUGAGAAGAUUAAAGUUUUGAAUAAAGAAUAUAAUGUUGAGAGUGUUCAAACCAAUACUGAAAGGAAUAAUCAUAAAAAAAAAACGGCUGAAGAUUAUAACAAUUUAGGCCGUGGGGAUGACGAAUACGAAGAUCCUGCUGGUUAUAUUACAACUAGUAAGCCUGGAACAAAUGUUAAUACUACUAAAAAUUCUGUAACAUCAAAUUCUAUAAAACAUUACAAUAUUGAUUGCGAUGAACAUGAUGCUGUAUACAAAGCACGAGCCUUGUACGAAUCAUGUAUGAAUUACGCAGUUUUGAAGCGUCGUGGAAAUAGUCCACUUCUAGAUCUGUUAGAUAAAUUAGGUGGAUGGCCGGCUAUAAAUCCUAACUGGAAUGAAAAAGGAUUUGAUUGGUUGCAAUUAACAGCACAAUUAAGAAUGUAUAAUAAUGAUAUUCUUAUUGCUGAAUGGGUUGGGCCAGAUAUAAAAAACAGUGACGAAUAUGUGAUACAGUUUGAUCAAACAAGUUUAGGUCUUCCUACUAGAGAUUAUUAUCUGGAAUCCAUUAACAUACCAUAUCUGAAUGCAUAUAGAGAAUACAUGCUGACUAUUACGACAUUGCUUGGUGCUAAUCCAGCGAAUGUGUCUUGCAUUGUAGAAGAAAUCCUAGAUUUUGAGACCAAACUUGCACAAAUAACUACCGCACCGGAAGAUAGACGCAACGUUUCUGUUCUUUACCAGCGUCUGUCCAUUGGCAGGUUGAAACAAUUAGUUCCACAAAUUGACUGGAUUAGGUAUCUGAACAUUGUACUAGAACGACCUAUAAACCCCAACGAAACUGUGGUGAUGUUUGCUUUAGGUUAUAUGCAGGAUCUGGUACGGCUACUCGCAAGAUCUGAUGCGCGUACUGUUUCUAAUUACUUGAUGUGGCGGUUUGUGCGACAUCGUGUCAAUAAUUUGGAUGAUCGUUUCCAACCAGCAAAACAGAAAUUUUACUAUGUUCUUUUCGGUCGUGAACAAUCACCGCCACGAUGGAAAAAUUGCGUUUCGCAGGUGAACACCAACAUGGGAAUGGCUCUGGGAUCUUUAUUUGUUAGAAAAUAUUUUGAUUAUACUAGCAAGAAUGAUACUACAGUAAUGACGUCAGAGAUUCAACAAAGUUUUAGAGAAUUGUUAUACAAAACCGAUUGGAUUGAUAAUCAAACAAAGCGCUUGGCUGCUGAAAAAGUGAACGCUAUUAUUUUGAGAAUUGGCUAUCCUGACUAUGUAUUAGAACCUGAAACUCUCAACGAUAAAUACAAGGAUGUUAAUAUCGAUAAAGGAAAAUAUUUUGAAAACACACUAGAAAUUUUAACACACCUCACACGGGCAGAACAAUCUCGACUUGGUCAACUCGUAAACAAGACAGUGUGGCACACAGCUCCAGCAGUUGUUAAUGCCUACUAUAGUCGAAAUAAAAAUCAAAUAAUGUUUCCAGCUGGAAUUUUACAGCCUCCAUUUUAUCAUCGAUAUUUUCCACGGUCUCUUAAUUACGGUGGCAUAGGUGUCGUCAUCGGCCACGAACUAACUCACGGUUUUGAUGACAAGGGAAGGCUGUUUGAUAAAGAAGGAAAUUUACACAAAUGGUGGAGUGAAAAAUCAAUAGAUGCUUUCCACGAAAGAGCGCAAUGUUUAAUCGAUCAAUAUAGUAAUUACACUGUUCCAGAAGUCGAUUUGCAAAUAGACGGUUUUAAUACUCAGGGAGAAAAUAUAGCUGAUAAUGGAGGUAUUAAGCAAGCUUUUAGAGCAUACAGGCGUUGGCUUAAACUGCAUGGAAAUUCAAAUGAGACUCUUCCUGGUAUUAACGCGACGAAUACACAAUUAUUCUUUCUAAACUUUGCACAGGUUUGGUGUGGUGCCAUGCGACCUGAAGCCAUGAGGAAUAAGCAGACAGCCGUCCAUAGUCCAGGAAAAUUCCGUGUUAUAGGAACUCUAUCAAAUUCUGAAGACUUCGCACGAGAAUAUAAUUGUCCACGUGGAUCGCCGAUGAAUCCUAUAAAAAAGUGCAGCGUUUGGUGA